GGGGGCGGUGUCUCCGGACGCCUGGGUCCGCUGGCUGGGGGGACCCCGGCAUCUGGGCUGCCCUGCCCUGGCUCCCCCCCACCCCAGGAGAUGCUGCGGCGGGUUUUGGGGGGCCGGCGAGGGGGGGCUCUGCCCCCCCGUCCCCCCGCCCGGGCAGCCGCCGACCAGACCCCGCCUGACCUGGCCCGGGAGCGCUCCAAAGCCGUCACCUCCUUCUACCACCAGCCCGCCAUCGACAUCGCUGCCGAGAAGCCCUCGGUGCGCUUGACGCCCACCACCAUGUUGUACUCGGGGCGCUCCCAGGACGGCAGCCACAUCCUGAAGAGCGCCCGCUACCUCCAGCAAGAGCUGCCGGUGCGCAUCGCCCACCGCAUCAAGGGCUUCCGCAGCCUCCCCUUCAUCAUCGGCUGCAACCCCACCAUCCUCCACGUGCACGAGCUGUACAUCCGCGCCUUCCAGAAGCUCAGCGAUUUCCCGCCGAUCCAGGCGCGGGGGGACGAGGCGCGGUACUGCGCGCUGCUGCGGCAGCUCUUGGAGGACCACAAGGACGUGGUGACGCUGUUGGCCGAGGGCCUGCGCGAGUGCCGACGGCACAUCCAGGACGAGCGCUUGCUGCGGCCCUUCCUGGACAAGACGCUGACGUCCCGGCUGGGGAUGCGGAUGUUGGCCGCCCACCACCUGGCCCUGCACGAGGACAAGCCCGACUUCGUGGGCAUCAUCUGCACCCGCCUGUCCCCAAAGAAGCUCAUCGAGAAGUGGGUCGACUUUGCCCGGCGGCUGUGCGAGCACCAGUACGGCAACGCGCCGCGGGUGCGCAUCAACGGGCACGUGGCGGCGCGGUUCCCCUUCAUCCCCCUGCCCCUCGACUACGUCCUGCCCGAGCUGCUCAAGAAUGCCAUGAGGGCGACGAUGGAGUCCCACCUCGACACCCCCUACAACGUCCCCGACAUCGUGGUGACCAUCGCCAACAACGACAUCGACCUCGUCAUCCGGAUCUCGGACCGGGGCGGUGGGAUCCCUCACGACCUCCUGGACAAGGUGACCGAGUACCACUUCAGCACAGCCGAGGCCAGCGCCCAGGACCCCCGCUUGGGGGGUCCCUUCCGCAACCUCCUGGACCUCAGCAACAGCGGCCAGGCCGGCCCCAUGCACGGGUUCGGGUUCGGGCUGCCCACCUCGCGGGCCUACGCCGAGUACUUGGGGGGCUCGCUGUGCCUGCAGUCGCUGCAGGGCGUGGGCACCGACGUCUACCUGCGCCUGCGCCACAUCGACGGCAAGGGGGAGAGCUUCCGAAUCUAGGGGGCCCGGACGCCUGGGCUCCCCCUGCCCCGCUGCCCUGGACGCCUGGGUCCCGGAGACCCCCAUGUUGGACGUCCGUCGUCGUGGAGGUCAAGGUGGACCUGGAGACCCCCCCACUUUGGACACUGAUGUUCAGGGAGGUCAAGUUGC